AUGGCUGAAAUUAUAGAUACUUUGAAUGAAAAAAUAACAUUAAUAGUUGAAGAAGAUGAUGCCGGUGAAAUAGAAACUGUAGAAAAUAAGGAAGAAGAAACAGACUAUACUUCAGACACUGCUCAUCAAGAAUCUUCAAGUUCCAUAGGUGAUUGGACAAAGUUGUCUAUCAACACAUUAAGAACCCCAGUUUCCAAACAGCUUGAUGUCAAAGAUAGCCGUGGUACAAGAAAAAGAGACAAUUUUUUGAGGACCACAUUAGGCACCUGGGCGAAGGCAAAACAAGAUUCUGUUUCUGUUCAGCAGCAGGUUCUUCUUGAAAAACAUAGGCAGAAGAAAAUAUACCAGAAGGUACAUACUGCUCUCUGCCACACGCCGAAGUGUCCAGGACCUCAGCAACCAGAAGUACCCGUCGGCGCGGUUACAUGCCAACAUUGUAACCGGUCGUUCAUUAAUAGAAGAGCCUAUACUACUCAUGAACGACAAGCGCACCCCGUCGCCCGAAAUGAGGCUAGGACAGCCGAUGCAGACAUAGGGGCCGCCGCUCCUCAGUCCGCAGACAGAAGCCGCGGCGGACGAGGAAAUCACGAGGAUGAUUGA